CGAUUGUGAUGUUUUAACCCAGCGUUUGGGUUAUUUUAACCCAGCGAUUGGGAUAUUUUAACCCAGCGAUUGGGAUGUUUUAACCCAGCGAUUGGGUUGUUUUAACCCAGCGAUUGUGAUGUUUUAACCCAGCGUUUGGGAUAUUUUAACCCAGCGUUUGGGAUAUUUUAACCCAGCGAUUGGGAUAUUUUAACCCAGCGAUUGGGUUGUUUUAACCCAGCGAUUGGGUUGUUUUAACCCAGCAGUUGGGUUAAAUGUUUGCCCAACCUGCUGGGUAGUUUUAUUUAACUCAACUGUUGUUUAAAAAUGACUGUAUUUCUUGCUUAAAAUGAACCCAAAAUAUGUUGGAAAUUAACAUUUAUUAAUAUGUUUAAUGAAUAAUAAUUAAACAAUAAACAUUUAUUAAAUUGCUUAUUAAUAAAUGUUCACCAUUUGAUUAUUAUUGUUGCUUCUAGUAAUUUUGUGUCUGAUUUUUAAUUUAUAACCUAUUUUGGGUUCAUUUUAAUGCAGCAUUUUCCAGAGUGAGAUUUAAAGCAGCUCUGCAGAAAACAUGAUUUCUCAAUCUGAGAGUGUCAGUGCAGUCAAAUCAAUAAUAUUUCUGAAUAUUAAGCGUCUUUUAAACUCCAACUAAGCAAGACAUUUUUUCCUCAUAAAGGGAAUGAGAUUUUGUUUAAAGCAGAUAUUAAUAACUUGUAGCGAGUCUCUGGUGUUUUUGGUAAGGGCGUCCCGUUAUAAGUGUGUGAUUACAUGAGGCAGGCGGGGCGGUUCAGUCAGUCAGGACUUUAUUCCCUCACAGCAGGACUUACAACUCCUGGAAGAUGAGAGCUAGAGAAGCGCUGAGAGUUUAAUGGAAUCCCAGCUGAACAUGGACACGAACAGCAGCGCGACGCGCAGGAUGGAGCCCAGGAUCCCCACCAUUCCCGCGAUCAUGUUCAUUUUUGGGGUCAUCAGUAACCUGAUCGCCAUCGUCGUGCUCUGCAAGUCCAGGCGGGAGCAGAAGGAGACCACCUUCUACACGCUGGUCUGCGGGCUGGCGGUCACGGAUCUUCUAGGCACCGUCCUCGCCAGUCCGGUGACCAUCGCCACCUACGUGAAAGGCGCGUGGCCCGAUGGAGACCCGCUGUGCCAGUACUUCGGAUUCGUCCUGCUCUUCUUCUCCCUGGCAGGGCUGAGCAUCAUCUGCGCCAUGUCCAUCGAGAGAUACAUCGCCAUCAACCACGCGUAUCUCUACAACGAUUACGCGGACAAGAAACUCGCGGGAGUGACGCUGCUCGCCAUUUACGCGUCCAACAUCCUGUUCUGCGCGCUCCCGAGCGUGGGCUUCGGAGAGGUGAAGAUGCAGUACCCUCAAACUUGGUGCUUCAUCGACUGGAGGACCAAUGUCAGCGCGCACGCCGCCUUCUCGUACAUGUACGCGGGCUGCAGCUCGCUCCUGAUCCUGGUGACGGUGAUCUGUAACGUGCUGGUGUGCGGCGCGCUCAUCCGGAUGCACCGCAGGUUUGUCCGGCGCACGUCUCUCGGCACUGACCCGGGCAGAGCGUCCGAUCCCGGCAGGACCCGCAGCUUCGGCCGCCUGGCUGGCGCUGAGAUCCAGAUGGUCAUUCUGCUCAUCGCCACCUCCGCGGUCGUGCUCAUUUGCUCCAUUCCGCUCGUUGUCCAGGUGUUUCUCAACCAGCUUUAUAAAACGCCAGUGGAGAAAAGGCUGGACAGAAACCCAGAUCUGCUGGCUAUCCGAUUUGCCUCCACCAACCCCAUUCUGGACCCCUGGAUCUACAUCCUCCUGCGUAAAGCGGUGCUCUCCAAACUCAUCGAGAACAUCAAGUGUCUCUUCUGCAAGCUGGAGUCUCAGAGAGUGCAGGGACCGGGCAGCUUCAUGGACGGAGCACAGGUCUCCUCCAUCAUCUCCAGAGACUCUCCGUCCGCCGUGUCUGGAGAACUGAAGGAGGUCACGAGCACCUCGCAGACGGUUCUGUAUCCGCCCGAAGCCCCGGACACCUGUCAGUCAAACCUGUACUUAUCUGAAGCUUCUUCUGAAUCGUCCGAUCGGAACAGUUUAGACAGUCUGUCAAAAGAGAAGAGCUUACAAAUGACUAUAACCAAUGAGACUCUUCAAGAGAAGAGCAUUUAACUCCUGAUGCGGACGCUUCUGCAUCCAAACAUGGAUCUCUGUUCUGCCUUCUGUGCUUUGAUCGAGUGUCGAUUUCAGAUCUGUGGAGUGAAUCUAAACGAGUGACUCUUUCACUAAAUCUGAUUAUUUAUUUAUUUGAGAAAACCAUUAGUUUAUUCAGCUAUAAAGUUACUCUUUAAGUCUCUACGCUCUUAAAAUAAAGGUUCUUUAUUGGCAUUGAUGAUUCCAUGAAGAAGCUUUAACAUCCAUUACACAAAAGGUUCUUUAUGGUGGAAACAGAUUCUUCUGAUUAUAAACACGUUCUUCACAAUAAAAUAAAGGUUACAAAAGUUUGCUUUGUUUUUUUGCAGCGAUGCCACAGGACGACCAUUUCUGGUUGCCCAAAGAACCUUUCAGUGAUCAGAACCAUUAUUUUCUUAGUACACUCUAAAAAUGCUGGGGUAAAAACAACCCAAGUUGGGUUGAAAAUGGACAAACCCAGCGGCUGGUUUAAAUAUUUGCCGGGCAGUUUUCUCAACUAUUGAUUAAAAAUGACUAUAUAUCUGGCUUAAAAUGAACCCAAAAUAUGUUGGAAAUUAAAAAUCUGACACAUAAUUACUAGAGGCAACAACAAUAAUCAAAAGGUGAACAUUUAUUAAUAUGAAAUUUAAUAAAUGUUUAUUGUUUAUUUUUAUUAUUUAAACUUAUUAAAUUUCCAACAUAUUUUGGAUUCAUUUUAAGCAAGAAAUAUAGUAAUUUUUAAACAAUAGUUGAGUUAAAUAAAACUGCCCAGCACAUUGGGCAAACAUUUAACCCAACCACUGGGUUAAAACAUCGCAAUCGCUGGGUUAAAACAUCCCAUUCGCUGGGUUAAAACAACCCAAUCGCUGGGUUAAAACAUCCAAAUCGCUGGGUUAAAACAUCGCAAUCGCUGGGUUAAAACAUCCCAAUCGCUGGGUUAAAACAUCCCAUUCGCUGGGUUAAAACAUCCCAAUCGCUGGGCUAAAACAACCCAAUUGCUGGGUUAAAACAUCCCAAUCGCAGGGUUAAAACAUCCCAAUCGCUGGGUUAAAACAUCGCAAUCGCUGGGUUAAAACAUCCCAUUCGCUGGGUUAAAACAACCCAAUUGCAGGGUUAAAACAUCCCAAUCGCUGGGUUAAAACAUCCCAAUCGCUGGGUUAAAACAUCCCAAUCGCUGGGUUAAAACAUCCCAAUCGCUGGGUUAAAACAUCGCAAUCGCAGGGUUAAAACAUCACAAUCGCUGGGCUAAAACAACCCAAUUGCUGGGUUAAAACAUCCCAAUCGCAGGGUUAAAACAUCCCAAUCGCUGGGUUAAAACAUCGCAAUCGCAGGGUUAAAACAUCCCAAUCGCUGGGUUAAAACAUCGCAAUCGCAGGGUUAAAACAUCGCAAUCGCUGGGCUAAAACAACCCAAUUGCUGGGUUAAAACAUCCCAAUCGCAGGGUUAAAACAUCCCAAUCGCUGGGUUAAAACAUCGCAAUUGCAGGGUUACAACAUCCCAAUCGCAGGGUUAAAACAUCCCAAUCGCUGGGUUAAAACAUCGCAAUCGCUGGGCUAAAACAACCCAAUUGCUGGGUUAAAACAUCCCAAUCGCAGGGUUAAAACAUCCCAAUCGCUGGGUUAAAACAUCCCAAUCGCAGGGUUAAAACAACCCAACCCAUUUAACCCAGCAUUUAAAAAGAUCUAAAGAACCUUUUGUUCGAUGGAAAUGUUUUUUGUAUGUUAAAGGUUCUUCAUGGAACCACAAUCUAAAAAAUGCUGGGCUAAAAAUAACCCAAGUUGGGUUGAAAAUGGACAAAAAAAGUUUUUAUUUAACUCAACUAUUGUUUAAAAAUUUGUGUAUUGUUCGCUUAACAUUAAUACGUUUAAUAAAUAAUAAUUAAUUAAUAAACAUUUAUUAAAUUGCUUAUUAAUAAAUGUUCACCUUUUGAUUAUUGUUGCUUCUAGUAAUUAUGUGUCUGAAUUUUAAUUUCCAACCUAUUUUAGGUUAAUUUUAAGUCAGCCAUCAUUUAGUUAAAUAAAACUACCCAGCAGGUUGGUCAAACAUUUAACCCAACCACUGGGUUAUUUGGGUUGUUUUAAACUCAGCAUUUUUAGAGUGCACGGAUGCCAAUACAGAACCUUUAUUUUAAGGGUGUAUGCGGUGAAAACUGGUUCUUCUCUGGCGUUGCUGCAGAAACCCUCUUUCAGAACCUUUAUUUGUAAGGAUUGUUUUGAUCAGUUCAGUUCGGUAAAAACCUCUCUCUCUGCCAGCAGUACACAUGUGUUUGUUUUUCCAGAAGAGGUCAAAUCAGUCACAUCAAGAUCAACAAAAAUUGAGCCCUGCAGGAAAUAACCUAGUUACGAUGUUUUCAUAAAAACCUUUCCAGUUUCUCAGUGUGUCCUGCUUCCCAAACAGCAGAUAAAUAAAUAAGUACUGUGUGCGGUUCUUACAGCGAGAGACACUUUAUCACCUGAUCAUAUGAAGACAUCCCAGAUAACAUUAACAUUACUUCUGAAUGUUCUCGACACAUUCAAAACGUUUUAUAAAUGUUUCUAUUUUAUGUGAAUCUGAAGAAAACAUUCCAUUUGAUCAAACAUUAAGAGAAUGUUACUUUUGAUUGUUAAACAUUCUAAAGCAAAUAGUAACUUUUAAACGUUAUGGGAACGUUACCUUUGAAUGUCAUUUGAACAUUCUGAAACAUUCUCAGAAUGUUUCCUGUAGUUGGCAAAAUCAUAGAAAUGUCUUUUAGAGUUUGUUCAAAAUCACAGAAUCAUCACUGACUGAAAAGAUUCCUCUGAGAAAGUUUUGAUUUAUGAAGCUGCUCUGUGAUUUGUUGUUUUUGGUCAUAAUGACACACCGAUGUCUGUGUUCAUUACAGGCUCUUUUUCCACUGGGUCUCGUCGUUGUUUUAGGCUCAGACUGUUAGAUAACAGAGAAGACUUCUAAUCGAAUGUGAUUGAGUUCAGUGUGAGAAUCAGCAGACGUCUGUCACACACACACACACACACACACAGCUUCAGGCCAGGAAUCUGCCAACCUCCGUGUCCUUCUGAUCCUUUAAUAAACAUUCUUUACACUCAGGAUACGGAUGUCGUUUACAGGCUUCAUAACCCGUGAGAUGAAACAAACUGUUCCCAUGAAAUGUUUGCUAAUUAUACUUAAUCUUUGUUUACAAUCACGCAGAUAAAGCAAAUAUGACCACUGCUCUGUCCGGCUCUCCUGUGUUCUUAUACAAUACAGUAGAUACAGUAUAGAUUACAUAAGAUUUAUAUACAAGAUCAAGAUUUAAAAUAAAGGUUACAAAAUGCAAUUAAAAGAAACAUUUUUGGCUCCCAAAAGAACCUCUCAGUGAACACUUCUUGAAAGAACCAUUUUAAUAAUCUGAAGAACCUAAAGGUAGAUGAUGCCAAUUAAGAACCUUUAUUUUUAAGAGUUUAGACAAGAUCAGCUAUUUAAAGGAUUAGUUCACUUCAGAAUUAAAACUCCCUGAUAAUUUCCUCACCCUCAUGUCAUCCAAGAUGUUCAUGUCUUUCUUUCUUCAGUGGAAAAGAAAUGAAGGUUUUUGAGGAAAACAUUCCAGGAUUUUUCUCCAUAUAGUGGACUUCACUGGGGUUCAACGGGUUGAAGGUCCAAAUGUCAGUUUCAGUGCAGCUUCAAAGAGCUCUACAUGAUCCCAGACGAGGAAUAAGAGUCUUAUCUAGAGAAACCAUCAGCCAUUUUCUAAAAAAAAAAAAAAAUUAUAUACUUUUUAACCACAAAUGCUCGUCUUGCACUGCUCUGUGAUGCUCCACGCAUUACGUAAUCAUGUUGGAAAGGUCACGUGACGUAGGCGGAAGUACCGAUCCAGCGUUUACAAAGUGAACGUCAAAGACUAAGUCAAGUGGCCUUUACAAAAAAAGGUAAAAGUUUUUCGCUCUACCGCGGUAAAAAAAAAAAAAAUA